AUGGAGUUGGAUGUCGAACCAGUAUCCAAACUCGGACGGUCAUCCGAACAGCCGAGGGCUGUGCUUUCCAUCAAAGACGAAGAGGGCCCUGCCGAGCCCAUUACCCUUGCUUGCCAGUCGAAGACGGUUCAAUUUGCAAACCAUAUGAUCCUUGGUUCGCGAAUAGAGCUAUUGGAGAUUGAGGAACUUCCAAAGAGGCUCAUUUGGGAGGUAGCCGGACGCGCCUUCCGACUCCAGGCUUCUGCCAUUAUGGCUGCUGAAUGUGCCAAGAAAACCUACGAAGACGGUUGCGCCAAGGAGGCUCUCGAACGACAAGUUAAAGCUUUCGAGGCAAAACUAUCCGAGAUGAUGGCGACCUUGGAUGCUACUAUAAAAGCUACCAGGGAUGCCAAGGAGAUUGAGGGGGCCAUGGAUGCGGCAAGUUAA